CAAGAGCUGCUGCUUUUGAGUGUCUGUCAGCUCUUGUGAGCUGUCGAGCUGUAACAGUUUCUUGAUGCUAGGCGCUCCUCGCUUUACUCUCGAGCAGACGCCGAUCAGGAGAAUCAAUUCUUGAGAGCAUUGCAGGCGCGGCUCUAGCAUCGCAGACAUGGACACGUUCACCGUGCGCGUCGCUGGUGGAAGGCCUUCCGUAGAUGCAAGGAGGAAUUCCCUGAUUACGUCGCCGCUGCUCCUGGAGGAGCCGAUUCGACUCGCCUCGAUAUUGGAACACUCCCACUAUCACAGGACGGUACCAUGCCUGACCAAGAUCGUGGGAACGGUGGGCGGCAACUCCAAGACCGUGGAGCAACUGUCGGCUCUGCUCGAAGCGGGCAUGACAGCUGCACGGUUUGACUUCUCAGUGAACGACCAGGAGAACCACCAGGAGACGCAUGACAACCUGAGAGCGGCCAUGAAGAAAACCCAUCGCAUGUGCGCGACCGUGUACGACACGCACGGCCCCGAGAUCACCAUAUUCAACAGCAGCAAUGCCUCGGUGACGAUGACAGCUGGCAGCACGGUGGUGCUGUCGGGCGACAAGGACCACCCCGUCACCGCCCAGGCGCUGCCCCUCGCAUGCCCCGAGCUCGCUAAGGCAGUGAAGCAAGGCGACGAGAUAUUCGUGGGGCGCUACCUCUUCACAGGCAGCGAGACCACCUCGGUGUGGCUCAAGGUGGAGGAGGUGAAGGGGGACGACAUCGUGUGCACGGUGACCAACACGGCUGAGCUGCAAGGGGACUUCUUCACUGUGCAUGCCGCCCAGGUCGACACGGACAUGCCCAUUCUCUCCAAGGUGGACGAGCGCCACCUCUCCACGUGGGGCGUGCGCUGCUUGCCACACAUCAUCUUCCUCUCCUUCACCCGCAACGCAGAGGACAUCAGAUACGCUCGCAAGUAUCUCGCCUCACUGGGCAAGCUCUCGCAGGCGUUUAUCUUCGCCAAGAUUGAAAGCAUUCAGGGCCUAAGGAAGAUCGAUGAGAUCCUGGCAGAGGCUGAUGGGCUCGUGCUGGGGCGAGGCGACCUUGGAAUCGACCUGCCUGCAGAGAAGGUGUUUCUGAUGCAGAAGGUGGCGAUAUUCAAGGCCAACAUGGCAGGCAAGCCAUGUGUCAUCUCGCGAGUGGUCGACACGAUGACAGACACGCCCCGCCCCACUCGAGCCGAAGCCACUGACGUCGCUAACGCUGUUCUGGAUGGUGUUGAUGCCAUAAUGCUGGGUGCUGAGACGCUGAGAGGGCUUUAUCCAACUGAGACGGUUUCAACAGUGCGACUCAUCUGUUCCGAGGCGGAGAAGGCAUACAACCAGGAGCUCUACUUUAAGAAGGCAGUCAAGGAAGCCAGUGACUCCAUGAGCGAGCUCGAAGCCAUGGCCUCAUCUGCAGUGAAAACAGCGGAGAAGGUGCAUGCCGCAGCAAUCGUGGUGUUCACCUCCUCUGGAAGAAUGGCCAGGCUGGUAUCCAAGUACAAGCCCUCCAUGCCUGUGCUCACACUCGUCAUUCCGCGCCUCUUCGUGCAGCAGCUCAGAUGGACGGUGCAGGGCGAAUUUCCGGCUCACAUGUGUUGUCUUAUGCGCGGCCUCAUUCCAAUGAUGGCUACACCCAAGUCACUGGAGCAGAGCGAUGGAUCCAGUAACGAGACAGUUCUUAAGGAGGCUAUUCUCCAGGGCCAGCGCAUGGGGGUGCUGAGGAAGCAUGACCGGGUGGUGGUGGUGCAGAAACUCGGGGACUCCGUUGUGGUUCGAGUGGAAGAGGCCCUUCCGUACUCUUAAAGUGGGACAUAAUAAUAGGUCGUCCUAUGAAGAAACACUUUGUGCUCUCUAAGGGUGCCCCCACGACGAUUGUGCAACAGGUAGACGUGUGGUUGGUUAGCUGUCUCCAUGGAAUAAAGAAUGACUGCUCCACCAAUUGAGUGGUGUUAGUGCCAAUUAGUAUGUGUGUGCAAUGCGUUAUUGUACUCACCAAGGAUUGGCUACCAUGAUAUGGAAUGAUGGACU